UUUCGAACUAUUGUGCUGACUAACCAAACACAACCCAAAAUCUCACAUGCACAUGGUGGUGGCGUUGAUGAUUUUACGGAGAUGACGGAUGGACUGUGUUCGAGGUUGAGUUGGUGUGUUGCAUCGAGCUGCAUACAAGUGUAAACAUCCACUCACACAGACACACACACACACACAAACACGUUCGGGAACACAAACGCGCACACACUCCUGCAGAACAUGGAUAACUCAAUCGUUUGAAGCAGAUUUGCUAAAGCAUAUCUAACUGACGGUUGUGAACUGGAUCCUGUUCAGAUCAUUGUGGAAUUCCUUUUAUUUCCCCUAUCGUUCACGAACACGGAGACGCAAUAAAGUCAAUUGUCAUUUCUGUCUGGGAAAUUUCAGUGUCAGACGGCCGAUAGACUUCGGUGUUUGAAAUAAACGGAUGUUGAAUUCGGAACACUUCACUUCACCGCCCAAAAACAUGGUCCAUGCUUCUAUGGAUCACACCACAUUCAAACUUCAGAAAACAUGGCAGGGUGGAGUACCUGAGUUCAAAUAUGGUCAUUUAACCGGAGAAGCCAACAUGCCAGGUUAUGCGAUUGACAUAAUGCGACUCCCAGAUACUCCGCCUUCAGCCAAUGACUGUUGGAAUUCCCGUUCACCAAGCUCCUCAGAGUCCGCUGAAUCAUUCCGAAGCUUAGACUCCCAUUCGCCUCCCAGAAAAGACAACCUUUACACCGAGCUCAAUCCACUUCAGUCAGAAUGUCAGCACAUCGACUCGUCCGCUCAUCUCCAUCUAUUUACUGAUGAAUCUCACAAGCUUCAGUCAAUUCAGUUGCUCCCAUCACCGAAUCCUUCAGGUCCCGAACUCAUGAAACCUCAUGAUCUCAGACGAAGUUCCGUAGAUAAUCGCCCUGCAGUCGGACAGCCUACUUCUGCUUCUAACAUCAGCACCAAACAUCCAGAUUCCGUUGUUCCUUGGUCAUCAAGUGAUAUAAAAAGCACGUGGAUUUCAGCUAGGACAAGCUUUCGACCAAAAUCUCUUCAGCUGCGCAAAUUAAACAAAUCCCCAGUCCUGACAGACACGCCUUUGUCUUUCGCAACACCAACUAACACAAGUACCUUGGAAGAACAACUAGCCAGCGCAGAUAUGGCUUGGAUUAAUGCUCUCGAGUUACCAAAUCUAUGUUUGGAUGAAGUAGAUCGAAUUUUAACAUCUUCAAACUGCUUACGAACACCAGACAGUGAAAAUGGCCCACCGUUUCCUAUGAUUGAUGAUAUAAUUUAUACAACUUUGGAUGAAGGCAUUGAUGCAGAGUCGGCUGUACCUUUUACCAUUUCAACAGACAUUGAUAAUACCUAUUCGAACGUCACCAUGUUGGAACUUCCGUCCCCCUGUACAGUGCAUUCUUCUGUAAACCAAGAGCCCUGUCUACCUGAUUCCCAUAAAUCAAAUGGUAUUGAAACUGUAAUAGAUACUGAUGGAACCUUAACCUGUUCAGAAGCUGAAUACUACUGUGAACAAAUGGAACUGAGGAGAAAAUACCGUCGAAAACGUAUUUCUUUUAAAAGUAAUUGUAAUCGGCGGCUAUUGCAGGCAUUAUCAACGGAGAUAUGGGAAUCAGAGGACGAAUCAGAUACCUCCAAUAUUUCUGAUGCUGAUUAUAAAAAGUCGAGUAAGGCACGUCGAUGUCGACAAAAUUCGCAGCAAUCAGAGCUCCGGUCAACUGAGAAGUUGCCUUCUUUUCGACGGCUAAAAAACGCCCAAGCUGAUGCACAUCUCAAACCUUGGUGGCCAAGAGACUCUCUCCUACUAAGUAGCUGUGAUAAUUCGUCGGCCGAGAGGCAAAUCAGUGCGGACGACUCAGAUCACAUUGAUGAGCUCUGCUGUUCAGAUACUGACAAGCAAACGAUCGAUUCCGGUCACGGAACUGGUGUCGAGUCCGUGGACUCUCAUCAAGUCCAAACUCGCCACUCCAACCAUUGCAAGUCAUCUAAAUCUAGAACCAAACACCACAAACGAAGUCCCCCUCGUACAUCUGCUCGUGAACGACGACGUAGGAAACAAAUGGAACUGUGGCAAUUUAUUCUAUGUCGGCUUCAAACGGCCAGUCAGUCCGCAUUCGAAUGGGUUAAUUCCGCUACUGGAGUCUUCCGAAUAAAAGACACCCAUGCUGCCGCGCGCGAAUGGGGACGAUAUCGAAACAACAGUCGAAUGGACUACGAAAAAAUGGCGCGCGCGAUGAGAUUCUACUACAAAGAUUCGAUUCUGCGUAAAGCGCGGCAACAGCUUCAUUUUCAAUUCGCAAUGCCUUAUGUACAAUGGUCAGAACGAUUCUACGGACCACACUGAUUUCAAGCAACCAGACCCUCCAUCGUUAUCAGUGUAAUUGUAAAGUGUAUAUGAAUAUGUUCUUUUACCGAUUCCUUGACUAUGCUUCAUUCCUCCGCAUGCCUGAAGUUCGCAGCCUUAUUCACUUCUUUAGCUUUUAUGUAAUAAAGCGUUUUCGUU